AUGGACGUGGACGUGGACGUGGACGUGGACGUGGACGUGGACGUGGACAUGGACGUGGACGUGGACGUGGACGUGGACGUGGACGUGGACGUGGACGUGGACGUGGACAUGGACGUGGACGUGGACGUGGACGUGGACGUGGACGUGGACGUGGAAUGGACGUGGACGUGGACGUGGACGUGGGACGUGGACGUGGACGUGGACGUGGACAUGGACGUGGACGUGGACGUGGACAUGGACGUGGACGUGGACGUGGACAUGGACGUGGACGUGGACAUGGACGUGGACGUGGAAAUGGACAUGGACGUGGACGUGGACAUGGACGUGGACGUGGACGUGGACGUGGACGUGGACUUGGACGUGGACGUGGACAUGGACGUGGACUUGGACGUGGACGUGGACAUGGACGUGGACAUGGACGUGGACGUGGACGUGGACAUGGACAUGGACGUGGACGUGGACGUGGACGUGGACAUGGACGUGGACGUGGACGUGGACAUGGACGUGGACGUGGACGUGGACAUGGACGUGGACAUGGACGUGGACAUGGACGUGGACGUGGACAUGGACGUGGACGUGGACAUGGACGUGGACGUGGACGUGGACGUGGACGUGGACAUGGACGUGGACGUGGACGUGGACGUGGACGUGGACGUGGACAUGGACGUGGACGUGGACAUGGACGUGGACGUGGACGUGGACAUGGACGUGGACGUGGACGUGGACGUGGACAUGGACGUGGACGUGGACGUGGACAUGGACGUGGACGUGGACAUGGACGUGGACAUGGACGUGGACGUGGACGUGGACGUGGACGUGGACGUGGACGUGGACGUGGACGUGGACGUGGACGUGGACGUGGACGUGGACGUGGACGUGGACGUGGACGUGGACGUGGACGUGGACAUGGACGUGGACGUGGACGUGGACGUGGACGUGGACGUGGACGUGGACGUGGACGUGGACGUGGACAUGGACGUGGACGUGGACGUGGACGUGGACAUGGACGUGGACAUGGACGUGGACUUGGACGUGGACGUGGACGUGGACGUGGAAAUGGACGUGGACGUGGACGUGGACAUGGACGUGGACGUGGACGUGGACGUGGACAUGGACGUGGACGUGGACGUGGACGUGGACGUGGACGUGGACGUGGACAUGGACGUGGACGUGGACGUGGACGUGGACGUGGACGUGGACAUGGACGUGGACGUGGACAUGGACGUGGACGUGGACGUGGACGUGGACAUGGACGUGGACGUGGACGUGGACGUGGACAUGGACGUGGACGUGGACGUGGACAUGGACGUGGACGUGGACGUGGACGUGGACGUGGACGUGGACGUGGACGUGGACGUGGACGUGGACGUGGACGUGGACGUGGACGUGGACAUGGACGUGGACGUGGACGUGGACGUGGACGUGGACGUGGACGUGGACGUGGACGUGGACGUGGACGUGGACGUGGACAUGGACGUGGACGUGGACGUGGACGUGGACAUGGACGUGGACAUGGACGUGGACUUGGACGUGGACGUGGACGUGGACGUGGAAAUGGACGUGGACGUGGACGUGGACAUGGACGUGGACGUGGACGUGGACGUGGACAUGGACGUGGACGUGGACGUGGACGUGGACGUGGACAUGGACGUGGACAUGGACGUGGACGUGGACGUGGACGUGGACAUGGACGUGGACGUGGACGUGGUUAUGGACGUGGACGUGGACGUGGACGUGGACAUGGACGUGGACAUGGACGUGGACAUGGACGUGGACAUGGACGUGGACGUGGACAUGGACGUGGACAUGGACGUGGACGUGGACAUGGACGUGGACGUGGACGUGGAAAUGGACGUGGACGUGGACAUGGACGUGGACUUGGACGUGGACGUGGACAUGGACGUGGACAUGGACGUGGACGUGGACGUGGACGUGGACAUGGACGUGGACGUGGACGUGGACGUGGACAUGGACGUGGACGUGGACAUGGACGUGGACGUGGACGUGGACAUGGACGUGGACAUGGACGUGGACGUGGACAUGGACGUGGACGUGGACAUGGACGUGGACGUGGACGUGGACGUGGACGUGGACGUGGACGUGGACAUGGACGUGGACAUGGACGUGGACUUGGACAUGGACGUGGACUUGGACGUGGACGUGGACGUGGACGUGGACAUGGACGUGGACGUGGACAUGGACGUGGACGUGGACGUGGACGUGGACGUGGACGUGGAAAUGGACGUGGACGUGGACGUGGACAUGGACGUGGACGUGGACGUGGACGUGGACAUGGACGUGGACUUGGACGUGGACGUGGACAUGGACGUGGACAUGGACGUGGACGUGGACGUGGACGUGGACAUGGACGUGGACGUGGACGUGGACGUGGACAUGGACGUGGACGUGGACAUGGACGUGGACGUGGACGUGGACAUGGACGUGGACAUGGACGUGGACAUGGACGUGGACGUGGACAUGGACGUGGACGUGGACAUGGACGUGGACGUGGACGUGGACGUGGACGUGGACGUGGACGUGGACAUGGACGUGGACAUGGACGUGGACUUGGACGUGGACGUGGACGUGGACGUGGACGUGGACGUGGACGUGGACGUGGACGUGGACGUGGACAUGGACGUGGACGUGGACGUGGACAUGGACGUGGACGUGGACGUGGACAUGGACGUGGACGUGGACAUGGACGUGGACGUGGAAAUGGACAUGGACGUGGACGUGGACAUGGACGUGGACGUGGACGUGGACGUGGACGUGGACUUGGACGUGGACGUGGACAUGGACGUGGACUUGGACGUGGACGUGGACAUGGACGUGGACAUGGACGUGGACGUGGACGUGGACGUGGACAUGGACGUGGACGUGGACGUGGACGUGGACAUGGACGUGGACGUGGACGUGGACGUGGACAUGGACGUGGACGUGGACGUGGACAUGGACGUGGACAUGGACGUGGACAUGGACGUGGACGUGGACAUGGACGUGGACGUGGACAUGGACGUGGACGUGGACGUGGACGUGGACAUGGACGUGGACGUGGACUUGGACGUGGACGUGGACAUGGACGUGGACGUGGACAUGGACGUGGACGUGGACGUGGACAUGGACGUGGACGUGGACGUGGACGUGGACAUGGACGUGGACGUGGACGUGGACAUGGACGUGGACGUGGACAUGGACGUGGACAUGGACGUGGACGUGGACGUGGACGUGGACGUGGACGUGGACGUGGACGUGGACGUGGACAUGGACGUGGACGUGGACGUGGACGUGGACGUGGACGUGGACGUGGACGUGGACGUGGACGUGGACAUGGACGUGGACGUGGACGUGGACGUGGACGUGGACGUGGACGUGGACGUGGACGUGGACGUGGACGUGGACAUGGACGUGGACGUGGACGUGGACGUGGACAUGGACGUGGACAUGGACGUGGACGUGGACGUGGACGUGGACGUGGACGUGGAAAUGGACGUGGACGUGGACGUGGACAUGGACGUGGACGUGGACGUGGACGUGGAAAUGGACGUGGACGUGGACGUGGACGUGGACGUGGACGUGGACAUGGACGUGGACAUGGACGUGGACGUGGACGUGGACGUGGACAUGGACGUGGACGUGGACGUGGACGUGGACGUGGACGUGGACGUAGUUAUGGACGUGGACGUGGACGUGGACGUGGACGUGGACGUGGACAUGGACGUGGACAUGGACGUGGACAUGGACGUGGACGUGGACAUGGACGUGGACAUGGACGUGGACGUGGACAUGGACGUGGACGUGGACGUGGACAUGGACGUGGACGUGGACAUGGACGUGGACUUGGACGUGGACGUGGACAUGGACGUGGACAUGGACGUGGACGUGGACGUGGACGUGGACAUGGACGUGGACGUGGACGUGGACGUGGACAUGGACGUGGACAUGGACGUGGACAUGGACGUGGACGUGGACAUGGACGUGGACGUGGACAUGGACGUGGACGUGGACGUGGACGUGGACGUGGACGUGGACGUGGACGUGGACGUGGACAUGGACGUGGACAUGGACGUGGACGUGGACAUGGACGUGGACGUGGACGUGGACGUGACGUGGACGUGGACGUGGACGUGGACGUGGACGUGGACGUGGACAUGGACGUGGACGUGGACGUGGACGUGGACGUGGACGUGGACGUGGACGUGGACAUGGACGUGGACGUGGAAAUGGACGUGGACGUGGACGUGGACAUGGACGUGGACGUGGACGUGGACGUGGACGUGGACGUGGACAUGGACGUGGACGUAG